UUUAAAAAACUCUAAAAAAUCAUGAGAACUCUGAAAACACUCGAAAUCCAAAGUCAUCAGAUGCAUUAAAACAAAAUACAUCAUAAAAAAAAAAAUCAGACCACAAGUUACAGCUCACAACUAGCUUUGCUCACUUUUCACUCCUACAAACUGAUUAUUCUAAUUAAUCAACGUCAUUAAACAACUCUCUAAUCCUGCGGACCAUUUUAAACUCUCUUUUUUUUUUUGUUAAAACAUUUAGCACUAUUUAUUUGCAUUGCAUGUGACUACAGCCUCAAUCUGGCGAUCUUUGUGGGCUUUCCUCAUGAUAUCAACUGCACUGCAGUAGCCUCUUAAAUACAAAACAAAACAAAACAAAAAUAAACAAUUCAAAAUAUUGCAUUCUAUUAUUACAUAAUUUACAUUGCAUAGAAGCUAAAGACAAAACAGAGAGAGAUAAGAACACAAUGAGACGUCAACCACGUCAACGUCACUCGCCACCGCAGUCUCACUCCUCUCCGUCGUCAUCUUCGUCGGAAUUUGAAUUCAACAUCUCAAUCUCGCCGCGAAAAGCUUCUUCUUCGCUUUGUCCAGCCGAUGAGCUCUUCUACAAAGGUCAGCUUCUUCCUCUCCAGCUUUCUCCUCGUCUUUCUCUCGUCCGUACACUCUGUUCUUCUUCUUCUUCUUCCUCUGACUACACUUCUUCUUCUUCCUCCGCCGCACGUGACUCCACCGAAUCUUCUUCCUCCACUGACUCCUCCACCUCCUCUUUCCCUCUCCUCCACCCUCCCCCGCUCGAUUGCUCUGACUCUUCACGGCCUAGCUCUGUUACCGAUGAAGAAGAUGUCUUCUUUAAACAGACAAAGAAGAGUGGUUUCUCACUCUCUAGACUAUCCUCUGUUUUCAAGAAAGACACCAAAGCCGUCUCCGCCGCUGCUCCGUCGUCGGUUAAGAGAAUGAGCUCCACGGCUAAAGAAGUUAUUCGGAAAUACAUGAAAAAGGUCAAACCUUUAUACGACAAGUUAUCUCAGAAACAGAGCACCACCGUCACAGCUUUCAAAACAGAGUCCUCUGUUUUAAAAACAGAGUCCUCUUUCUCAGGGAACCUAAUGAAAUGCACAAAGCGAGGACGGUGCGCGGCGAGCUGUCCGUCGUCGAUGAGGUCAUCUCCGAGUCACUCCGGGGUUCUGACACGUGGUGGCUUUCCGGGUCAACGAGGAGGUAGUAGCUGCAGCAGCAACAACAGUGUGUCUUCUUCUAUGGAAGAGUUGCAGAGUGCUAUUCAAGGAGCUAUUGCUCAUUGCAAGAACUCAAUGUUGCAGAAGAGUUUGGUUAGUAGUCACGAGAUCUAGCAUUAUAUCUUUGUACCAAUCCAUUAUGUGUUUUUGUAUUUCUAAUCAUUUUGAAAUUUCAGCUACUCUUUUGCCUUUGUGUGAUCCAAACAUCCGAUAUAAUUAGCGAUGUUAUUGGUUAUUUUUAUUUAAUACGGAUGUUAUAUGAGUAGUAGAACUAUGUUUGAUUAACUUAACUCAGAAUAAGACAUUGUAGUUGGUGGGUCAUUUCAAGAUCCAUCUUGAUUUCAA